GCGCAUGCGCACCUGCGCAGAACUAUUCCGGUCGAAGUUCCGUGAACUUCGCACCUGACAUCUUCAGCUGAUUCCGAUGGACAGUGUACUUUAGAUGUGAAUAAAAUGUCUCCAAAACGCGUCAAAUUCAAGCGCAAAUCAAAUCAUAAAAAGAAGGUCGAGUCUAAAACAGUUCCUACUAACGACGAUCAACCAGCUAAGGAAGAAAUCAAGGUUCAAGACGAGACGCUUGUGCUGAACUCAUCGACGAGCGUGAACAAGAAAAAGAAGUCCGCCAAACAAGCGCGCAUCGCUUUUCUACCAAAGAAAUACCAACCGCUGGUUGAGGAUGAUAUUGUUGACCAACCACAAGAUGACAAUAUCAAGAAAAAACAAGACAAAUAUAAGAAGUUAAGAAAAAAUAUGGGGAAAGCUCUUCGUUACAGCUGGAAGUGUCUGGUGGUUGGAUUGCAGAAUCUGAGCACAGCCUAUUCUAUGCCGCUGGGUGCCGGUGCCACAAUAGUGCCAGACAUCCACAGAGCCAGAGCUCACGUCUAACACGUGACUCAAGACGAGCCGGUUACAUCAUGAGUAGAACAGUAAUCAAUGUUGGAUCUCUAUUUUUUACUACAGCCACUUAUCAGUGAUAUGGAACUCUGAUUUGGAAGUGCAAUAAGUGUAUUUUUAUUUAUGUGCCACUGUUGUCAAGAGAGAAUGGCACGGAGGAGACUAAAUUUAUGUGAUAAUUUGCCUUUGACAGGAAAAUAUUAAGUAGCAGAUGCUGUGAUGGAUUGUGAUUAACACACAUUCUUCUGGUAAUGCACAACUUAUGAAAAUAUUUUAAAGGGAUAGUUCACC